AUGGAUGUCGAUACUGCAGACUUGGACGCUCAGAUAGCUGCGUUGCAAGCCGAAAAAGCGCGCAAGCUUAGACUAGCAGACCAGUCACGUCGAGCGAGGGAGCAAGAGGAGGCAAAGGUCUUGAUCGGGUCGACACCUACCAAACCAGCGACAAAGACGAAUACGUGUGAUCCGCCUCCUCAGCCUCGGUUCAAUGUGACGCGUGUCUCUCGAGAAUCGCUGCCCUCUGUGCCUGUGGCUGGUCCCUCUAAGCUGUCAUCAUCCCUUGCUUCGCUUCGUCAGAAGGGGUCAUCAUUGUCGCGCAACGAUGCGCCAAAGGUAGCUCGAUCGUCCUCUUUCUAUACCGACACUCUGCCCAGGCAGCCCAAUCAAUCCAGGUCAGAUCUCAAGGGCAAAUCGCGAUCGCCUUCGCCUGUACCCCAGAGAGACGAGGACAGUCUGACCAUCGUCAAUCGACUGCAACUUGGACCGCGUAGAUUUGGUAAGGACCCCGAAGGCGAGGACGUAUGGGAGCACGUGGAGCCGAACUCUGGUAUCCGCUUAUCCAAACGACUUCUCUCCCACGAGAUCCUACAAGAUCAACUCCGCGGACGUUACUUUCUCCCACCGUCAUUACUGUACUCUGUGAUCCGACUCUCUCGGGAUGGCGCGACUUACGACGUGCCUGUCGAAGGAGAUUGGGUCACGAUCGCGAUAGUUGCCGAGCGUAGCCAGGUCCGAGUCAGCGGAGCAAAGGAAGGGCCAGGUUCAGAUUCGGACGACGAUGCAAAGCAAGGAGACAAGGAAAAGUCCCGCGUCCAGAAGGACAAGUCGAAAUGGCAGAAACGGAGAGGUCCCCGGAAAUACGUCAACCUCAAAUUGGUAUCCUUGCCCUCUCGUGCCGCUUCAAUUGGCAAAAGUGUGGGCCAGAUGGGAGAUGCUCUCCUUCAGCUGUUGCUCUUCGAGUCAGAUUCCAAGGUCCACGAUAAGGACGAUGGGGAAUCACAGUUUCGUUAUCAAGGGGGAUCAGGCGGAGCGUAUGAAAAGUGGUGCAAUCUCACGGAAGGCACAGUGAUCGCUGUGCUCAAUCCAAGGGUUUUACGUCCUUUACGAUCUGGCACGCAAGCACCACAUCCUCUCACGCUACCUCUGGCCUUGAACCCAAUGUCCGCCGACUCGAUAACCGUUAUUGGUCAAGCUCGGGACCUGGGACGGUGUAGUGCAGAGCAAAAGGAUGGCAACAGGUGUCGGACCUGGGUCGAUCUCCGACAGAGUCAGGUCUGCGAGUAUCAUAUUCACGCUGCUGUAUCACGCAGUCGGGCUGGUCGAGCCGAGUUCACCGCCAGUACCUCUGGCUUUGACCUCACGACCAUGCCCUUCGCGAAUGCAAGAAGGGUGCAAGGUCUCAAUGGUAAAAAGUCCGGGCUCUUGCCCAAUCGCGGGGCUCAAACGGGUCAAGGGGACGCAGGAGCAACUUACGUGGUUGGCGGCAACGCCAUUCAUACGCGAAGUGAUGGAGGGUUGAGAAGUUUUGGCAAUGAGCACCUGUCGGAAAAGCUUGGUCGAGGUCGAGCGGAGCGACGCAAACGGCGCUUGGAGGAGCAGGACGCUGAAGAAGCGAUCAGUAAGCUCUUGAAAGAGGACAAGAACGGAAGCACGGGCGCCAAGUAUCUGGCCAAGCUCGGCAAAUCGGUAACUCAGGCGAAGGAAAGUGUGGAGGACCGUAAGCGACCGUUCGGCGUUCAUGCUGUUCGACGUAUCGGAUUUGAUCCGACACUCAAGGCCGGUCAGAGGGACGACGAGGAUCACGCAAAGAGGAUGGAAAGCCUGAUCUCGCUCAAAGAUCCUGAUCGACCAAUCAGAUUGGGUCGGCCGGCCGGUACGUCUAAGUCAAAUAUCAGACCGCCGACGCUGGCGCCGGAUCCUGUAACCGACGAAGACAUGGUAGACCUCGACUGA